CAAAUCGCGCGCACGCAUGUGUGUGAGGUGUAGGUCAUUUGUGUGUGAACGAUUCCUAACCUCUUCUGUUUUGAGUUAUGUGAGCAGAGAUAAGAGAUAUACGUGCCAUAUAUCUAUUAUAGAUCUGGCACAUUAAACCUCCAAAAAAAAAAGAGUUAUUUUUUUUAAGGAAAUUUUCUGCAAUAUCAUGUUUUUAACAAACGUGCUGUUAAAAAAGGCAAAAAGCAAGCACGUCUUAAUUCUUGCAGAAAGUGUUGUAAGUGGUCAUCGGUUGGUGCGUAUUAGAGACAGAUUAGCUGACAAAUUAGAAUUUAUAUUUUUUGAUCCUUAUGUUCGACAAAAGGUGCUCUAUAAAGAGAAGAAAAAAUUACAUAGCUUAUAAUUUACAUAUGUAAUAAUGUACUAUUUACAAAAUUUCUGUCAAGAAAUGGUGGUUAAGCAAAAAUUAUUAAGUACAAUGUGACAUUUGAUGAUUUUUAUUUGUCAUAAAUGUGAUAUUAAACUGAAACACAUUAUGACAAUGUUUUAUGUUUGGUAUAUGUAUUUUAUAUUAAAAUAUAUUUAUCCAGCCUUUUCUUUUAUAUAAAAUCACAUGAACUUGAUGUUAUACAGAAUAAAGAUAACAAAAAAUUAAAAAAUGUUACUUUGUGAUAUUAUAAAAUAAAUGGCUGUAUAAAUAAAUGAAAGUAAUAUUAUAUAAAAUAUUGCUCGUUUGACUUUAUUAAUAUAAAAGUAUUACAAUUUUGUUUCCCGUUUCUUUUUUUAAAUACUUAGAACAUUACAGGCGCGCGCUACGCACGCGCUAUUUAUCUUUUUACUUUUUGAAAAUAUAAAUUGCAAUAAUUACAUAGAUAACCAUGAUCUAUACAAAUUAACUUUUGCUAACUCAGUGAUGACAGCAUUCCAAAGUUAUUGCAGUAAGACUAUCAAUCAGGGUUGCAGAAAAUUAAUGACAACAUUUUGAUAGAUGCAACUAUGUAAACUAGAACUAGGAGACCGAUCUCUGUGGUUUUGAGUGAGGCAAAAAUCUGUUAGAAAUGUAGUAUACAGACUAAAUAUACAGACAUGAAUGUGCAA